AUGAAGAAGAAAAACAUUGUUGAGGUUGACAAAACCAUAAUGUUUACACAACUGAGUGCUCGAGCAGAUGCAAGCAUUGGAGAAAAUCUCUUUGAUCUCUCUCUUUCACAAGCCCUUGGCACUGCUCCGAAAACACAAAAGUUCGAUUUUUCCAGCUCCAAAUUGGGCAAAGUUAUCCAGCUUGCUGGUUUUUCCGAUCCAGUGUAUGCUGAAGCGUAUGUUAGUGUCAAUCAAUACGAUAUCGUUCUGGAUGUGCUUAUUGUGAAUCAAACUGCCGAUACUCUUCAAAACGUCUCACUGGAGUUGUCAACAGUAGGCGAUCUCAAGCUUGCUACUGUAAAAGUUGCCUCUACUGAAAAUGGUGUCAUCUUCUCAACCAUCUCAUAUGAUGUGCGCGGUUCAACCUCUGAUAGAAAUUGCGUGUACUUGCAGGACAUCAAAAUUGAUAUUAUGGACUACAUCGUCCCUGGUAAUGUCAGCGAUGCUGAGUUCAGACAGAUGUGGUUUGAUUUU